AUGGCUACAACAUACAGUAUUGGACAGCGCAUCUCAUUUGACAGCGUAUUAUGUACAGUCAGAUACAUUGGAGAGGUGGCUGCUGCCAGCGGCUCCUGGCUCGGUGUUGAGUGGGAUGAUAGCACCCGUGGCAAACACGACGGAUCGCAUAAGGGGGUCCGUUACUUUACCUGUCUCUCAGCAUCAUCAACAGCAGCCUCCUUUGUCCGCCCAACCCGCCCAGCAGAUUCACCGCAGAGCUUUCUUGCUGCUUUAAAAGGCAAAUAUGUCGAACAAGUCAGUCCGGAGGAUGAUAAAACUACUAAAAAGCAAAUUAUUAUCUCCGGCAAGGUAGCUGAGGAGAUGGGCUUCGACAAGAUCCGUAACCAGAUUGCCCAACUUGGUGAACUAAAAAUUGUCAUCCUGGACGGUCUGCGUAUAGCUUCCGCCACAAGCGGCCCGUCCGAAUCUAUAAAUGCAACUUGUCCAAAGAUUACGCAACUAGAUAUAAGCCGCAACCUCUUCACAACGAUGCAACCUGUUGUCGACAUUUGCAAGGACCUUCCAGUCCUCCACAAACUUGCUAUCAAUGGAAACCGAUUCAGCAAUGUUCUUGGUGAUUCGGCCUUAAGGGACAGCCAAUCCACAUUCUCAAACGUUGUCGAUCUGGGCAUUGGCGACACACUGCUGACUUGGCCAGAAAUUUGCCAUGUGGCAAACGGCUUCCCACAGCUGAGCAUUCUAGCGGCUGGAGCAAAUCAUUUAUCCGUUUUCCCAGAUGUGGAAUUUGGCGCGCUGGCAACCACUCUAACAACUCUCAAUCUUGAAUUCAAUGACGUAUCAUCGAUUGACGAGCUCGCCAGCUUAACUCAGCUGAACGCACUGCGGAACCUUCACUUGAAAGGAAACAACAUAUCGACACUCUCAUCGUCGGGAAAGAGCGCGCCUAUUUUUACAAAAGGCCUCAAAUAUUUAGACGUCUCAUACAACAAUAUCACCGAUUGGGACUUCGUGGACAAAGUUACCACGUCCUUCCCUGGAUUGAACGGCCUUCGCAUCUCUCACAAUCCGAUAUACACAGCACAAACCAAUGAUACACAGGGAACAACGUCAGAAGAGGCCUAUAUGUUCAUCGUGGCUCGAAUCGGUCAACUAUCAGCGCUAAACUUCUCCCCAAUCACAGCGACGGACAGGAAUAACGCCGAAAUGUUUUAUUUGUCUCGUAUUGGAAAGCAAAUAGCAAACGUGCCUGAAGGCGCAAAACAGCAAGUAAUCGAUCUACAUCCACGGUAUGCCGAAUUAUGCGAGGAGUAUGGGGAGCCAGAUAUUAUUCGACACGAGGAAGUCAAUCCAGCUUUCCUAGAAGCACGUCUGAUGAGCGUGAGUUUUCAAUACGAGGAUAAAGGAGAAGCCACAAAGAUACCAAAGUCUUUCGAUAUCUAUGCGGUGAAGAGCAUUGCUGGGAAACUUUUUAACAUAUCACCGUUAAAAUUAUCACUGGUAUGGGAGACUGGGGAGUGGGAUCCGGUAGCGGGAUUCUACGAGGAUGAUGGCGAUAGCAGUGACGACGACGUCGACGAGAACGCUGACAAAGAUGGCGCACCCUCUAAACCUGAAGAGCAGAAUACAACCCAGACUGGGCGCUGGCUCAAAAGAGAAGUUGAACUGAGAGAUGGCCCGCGACAACUCGGAUAUUGCGUCGAAGGCAGCGACGCCCGAAUCCGAGUUGAGCUGAUGGCUUAA